AAAGAAUUAGAUGGGUCAUGGGUAUCUCCCGACUCGAACCUACUCAACCCUAACGAACAUCACCGCGGCCGGAGGACUGUGUCACUUUGUUUUGGGGACCCUUCUCGAGAAGACAAAACACUUCAGCUCAACUUCCACUAGUCCACACCACCUCUCAUACAACCCCUCUGAUUUUAUUAAAUCUGAUGAGCAGAUGACUCAACAGAUUUUGCUAGUUGGAAGGGAGGUUGUCUUUUACAACAAUGCUUGGAUGUUGAGCCCACUGCAAUAAUUGAAAUUUGAGCAGUGGUUCAUGCAUCUUUAUGCUGGCAUCAAAAGUUCGCAUUGGGGCUGGAGCAGUAGCAGAUCCUUCUGUCACAAUUAGUUGAACAUCAAGUGGAGUCUACUGCUUGAGUAAAACAUUACCUUUUGGGAGUUCACUUGGACAACACUUUUCAUUCUUUCACAUUUAUUUUAAGCCGUUGCUAUUCUGUUAACCUAGAAAACAAGACAGAGGCCUUGUUGUCUAAGCCUUGUCUCCAUGAAGGUCACCUCAAAGCUCGCAAGGAAGGCUUUUCAUUUCCUCUCUAGGGGACGAAGCACAUCAAUUCAGCUGCCCUCCUGCUAUGUCAAUCUGCGCCAUAUCUCAUGCAGCCCCUCUGAAGUCAACAAGAUUUUCAAUGAUGACUCACUGGAGUUCGCUAGAUGGAAGAAUGGUGGUGGUCUUUUCCAUCAGUCCUCAGACAUUGACCCCACUGCAAUAAUUGAAAUAGGAGCAGUGGUACAUGGAAACUGUAUGCUGGCAUCAGAUGUUCACAUUAGGUCUGGAACAGUAGUGGGGUCUUCUGUAUCUAUUGGGCAGUCAACGAAGGUAGGGUACAAGUCUGUGCUAACUAAUUGCUCUGUAGGCAACUUUUCAACAAUCCAUAAUGGCGUCUGUGUCGGUCAAGAUGGGUUUGGAUUUUUUGUUGAUGAGAAUGGGCACAUGGUGAAGAAGCCCCAAGAGCUGUUUGUAAGGAUUGCGAACCAUGUGGAGAUAGGCGCAAACACAUGCAUUGAUAGGGGCAGUUGGAGAGACACGGUAAUAGGAGAUCAUACCAAAAUAGAUAAUCUUGUUCAGAUAGGCCACAACGUAGUUAUUGGAAAGUGCUGUAUGCUCUGUGGACAAGUUGGCGUCGCUGGCUCCGUGACGAUAGGUGAUUAUGUCACUUUGGGAGGCAGAGUAGCCAUACGAGAUCAUGUGACCAUCGCUUCAAAGGUUAGACUUGCAGCAAAUAGCAGUGUUACAAAGGACAUUACAGAGCCGGGCGACUAUGGCGGUUUUCCUGCUGUAAGAAUCUACAUUUUAUACUCGCCAUUUUCUUCAAAUGCCAAGACUGUUUCUGCUUUUGCUUCUCACCUUCUCUUCAGGUGCCUAUCCGCGAGUGGCGUAGACAAUUUGCUCGACUGCGUAGCACCUGCAAGUAAUCUACUGAGUCGAGCAUCGACCAGAUGAAACCCCUGUCGACAUUGCAUUUGAAUUAUUGGGUCCAAAGUUCAGAUUCUGUAUGCAUAGCUCAAUGAGAAUUUAUUAUCAAUUGAUAAAUAAAAUGAGGUAUAUUUAUUAUCAA